AUGUCAACCCUCUCCGCCUCCCAGGCAGUGUCUGACCUCCUACGUCAACCCGACGAUCUCCUCAAACUAUCCUCCUAUCGCAAGAGGUUACUGAAAGAGAAAUCAACGUUAGAUGCGAAAUUACAAUCUGGUGUGAAAGCUCAACUGGACGCCACGAGAGAUGCGUUGUUGAAGCUGCAGGCUAGUAGAGCUGCUGUCGGGCUGAUAAGGGAGGAGAUGAUGGCCGUUGAGAAGUUAAAAGGGGAAGAUAUGGAGAAGAAGGGUGAGGCGUUUGACAAGAUCACUAGGGUUUCCACCGUCCAUCGUAAUCUCUCUCAAACCACCAAGAUGGUCCAGAACCUCCGUUCGAUGUCCGAUAAAGUAGAUCAUAUUUCCUCAUUGUUAGACUCAGAUAAGAACCAAAUAGGUGGCCCAGCAGGUUAUUCCCCCAACCUCCUACCCAUUCACUUCCAACUGCAGCAAUUGGAAUCAUUUAGGAACGAAACCCUCCAUCAAGCAAAGAAGAAUUCCAAUUCGACCGAUGAAGAGAGAGAAGUGUUGACAAAGUGGUUUGAAAAGUUGGAUAAGAUAGGUCAAGAUUUCGAGAGUUGGUUAUGGGAGAUUAGCAAGAAUAUAGUUGAUCUAGCUAGGAAAGGGAAUGGUGGGACGGUAGUGAGGUUGUUGAAAAUCGUUGAAGUGGAAGGUAAAGAGGAUGAGAAGGCUGUUGCUAUGCGUCUAGUCCGUAAAGUAGCUACUCACGAUGCUGCCUCCAAAUUUAAAUCCAUGCAAGCCAACGCACGAGUGAUCAAAAAUUACCGCCACAAAUUACUAGACGUCAUGACCAACUCUAUCAAAGAAUCGUUUGAAAACUACUAUCUAGAUAACCAAUAUGACAUGUUAGGGUUUAUCGAGGGUCUAGGGUGGAUUUACAAAGACAUCAUUCGAAUCAAAGAAGAUAUUGAACCAUUAUUUCCAGAAGAUUACGAGAUCGUUCCAUAUCUCGUUAAAAGCUAUCACAAACAUUUAGAUCAGACCAUACGUAAAAUUGUUGCUUCAGCUCCAGAAGCAAAAGUUCUAUUAGAGUUACACGCUUGGAUAAAAGAAUACAGAAUAUCGAUGAAAGAGUUGGAAAUUCCAAGUGGAUGGAUACAACCUCCCUUACUUGAUGGUAAAUCACAAGAUCUGAUUGAAGAUUAUGUUAAAUUGAUUGUUACCAAAUUGGAAGAAUGGAGUGAUAAUUUGAUGAAAGAGGAAACAGGUAAAUUCCAAUGGAGGACAAAAGAACCUGAACAAUCAGAUGAUGGUCAAUUAGGUAUGGAAGGUGUAGUUGAUUUCUUUUCAUUAAUCAACCAACAAUGUGAUUUAGCUUUAGAUUCCAACCAGGGUGCGGUACUGGUCAGAGUAGUCAAUGAAUGUUCGAAAUUGAUAAAGAAGAUUCAAAAUCAAUGGUUAAAUUUGAUCAAUGAAGAAUCAAAAGCUCAAAUCGAGAAAAAGCCAGAAGAAGUGCCAGGUGGUUUAGUAGAAUACGUUAUCGCUUUGGCAAAUGAUCAGUUGAAGUCUGCAGAUUACGUCGAAAGCUUAUUAACAAGAUUAGAACCUUUAGUAUCGGACAAAUAUAAGAAACAAAUAUCAUUGUGUUUGAACGAAUCGAUAGAUGGUUAUUUGGAUGUCGCCAAGAAAUGUACUUCAAGUUUAGUCGAAUUCGUUUUUAACGAUUUAAAAAUUGUUAUCAAGAAUCUAAUCACUCCCAAUUGGUAUACGGAUCCAUUGAUGGCUCAAAUAAUAGAAACGAUGAAAGAUUAUAUGAACGAUUAUCAACAUCAUCUAAAUCCAUCGAUAUUCGAAAUACUGGUUGAAGACCUACUGGACGCAUUCCUAAUCUCGUAUUUAUCUGCGUUGAGACGGGCCAGUCCGAGAUCGCUCAGGAUGCCAGUAGCGGUAACCAAGAUAAAAUCAGAUAUGGCAAUGUCAUUUGAUUUCUUCGUGAAUUAUAAACAACCGACGGAUUUAGAAGAUAAUUUUGAAAUUAUGGAAAUGAUCAUAUCGAUCAUUCAAUCGGAUCCUCAGAUGUUGUUUAUGGAUUAUUGGGCAUUCGCCAAGAAACAUGGACCGAACCUGGUUUUCGUUGAAGGUAUCUUAAAAGCUAGAGAUGAUUUAGAUAAGAUACAAUUGAAUGAGACGAUAGAAAUGUUAAGAAGGAAGAUUAAAGAUGAAGAUAUUGUGGAUCCGGAAGAACCUACCAUUAUGGUCAAGGUACAAGGUCCAUCAUCUGGAUUACUAUCCAACCUUUCCAAUUUGGCUGGUACAUACGCGAGCAACUUCUCAACAGGUACUUUCGCCACAGGUGGAUUUGCCAUGGCUGGUGGAGCUCAUUUCGGUGCGAUGAGGUAG